AUUUAUUUCGAAUUCGCGUGAAGAAGAUUCUUUACAAUUGCUUGUAUGUUUUCAUUUCUUCUUCAGAAUUAUCUUCGUCGUCCGUUGUAGUUGAUUUUCGAGGCUUUUCUCUUCAUGGGUUCGGCUUCGAUUGGUUACCAAAUCGGAAUCUCAGCUCGAUUUUACGGCAAUUUUAAUUUGAGCUCAGAUAUUACUGUCUCCUCGCUUCCAUGUAAAGUUGAUGUUUCCAUAAAGAGCCUAUUCUCAGCUCCAAGCUCCACUCACAAGGAAUGUUCAAAUCGAGCUCGGGUAUGUUGUUCUUUGCCAAAUACUGAUGAAUACUGCGAUGAGAAAUUUGAGACGCCAAUACUAGACACCAUUGAGACUCCAUUGCAGUUGAAGAAUUUGAGUGUUAAGGAGUUGAAGCUAUUAGCUGAUGAAAUCCGUACAGAGCUUCAUUCUGUAUUAUGGAAGAAGACCCAAAAGUCUAUGAACCCUAGCUUUGCUGCUAUAGAGCUUACCCUUGCUCUGCAUUAUGUUUUUCGUGCCCCGGUUGACAAUAUAUUGUGGGAUGCUGUGGAACAAACAUAUGCACAUAAAGUCUUGACACGACGCUGGUCUGCAAUACCAUCGAGACAAAAGAACGGUACUUCUGGGGUCACUUCUCAAUUGGAGAGUGAAUAUGAUUCUUUUGGGACCGGUCAUGGCUGCAACAGUAUUUCUGCUGGGCUCGGAUUAGCGGUUGCUCGAGAUAUAAAAGGAAAGAGAGACCGGGUUGUUGCUGUGAUAGACAAUGUGACAAUAACUGCUGGUCAAGCAUAUGAGGCAAUGAGCAAUGCUGGUUACUUAGAUUCUAAUAUGAUUGUUAUACUAAAUGAUAGCCGUCACUCUUUACAUCCAAAUAUGGAGGAGGGAUCCAAGGCAUCCAUCAGCGCACUUUCUAGCAUCAUGAGUAAAAUCCAAUCUAGCAAAAUUUUCCGGAAAUUUAGAGAACUAGCCAAAGCUAUGACGAAAAGAAUUGGAAAGGGCAUGUAUGAAUGGGCAGCAAAAGUCGAUGAGUAUGCACGAGGUAUGGUUGGACCAACAGGAUCAACUCUCUUUGAAGAACUUGGUUUGUACUACAUUGGUCCUGUUGAUGGACACAACAUUGAAGAUCUAGUUUGUGUUCUCCGAGAAGUAUCUUCUCUAGAUUCAAUGGGUCCUGUGUUGGUCCACGUGAUCACUGAGGAAAAUCGAGAUGCAGAAACCGGAAAGAACAUCGUGGUCAAAGACAGACGCACUUACAGUGAUUGCUUUGUUGAGGCUUUGGUGAUGGAGGCAGAAAAGGAUAGAGAUAUUGUUGUUGUUCAUGCAGGAAUGGAGAUGGAUCCAUCACUUCUUACAUUUCAGGAGAGAUUUCCAGACAGGUUUUUCAAUGUCGGAAUGGCUGAACAGCAUGCUGUCACAUUCUCUGCUGGUCUUUCUUCUGGAGGCCUCAAGCCCUUUUGUAUUAUUCCCUCUGCUUUUCUACAAAGAGCUUAUGACCAGGUGGUCCAUGAUGUAGAUCGGCAGAGAAAGGCGGUGCGAUUUGUUAUUACAAGCGCAGGGCUUGUUGGAUCUGAUGGUCCAGUGCAGUGUGGAGCUUUUGAUAUAGCUUUCAUGUCAUCCUUACCAAACAUGAUAGCCAUGGCUCCAGCCGAUGAGGAUGAGCUUGUAAAUAUGGUUGCAACUGCAGCUUAUGUCACUGACCGCCCAGUUUGUUUCCGGUUCCCUAGAGGCUCCAUCGUCAACAGGAAUUAUCUUGUCCCCACUGGACUACCAAUUGAAAUCGGAAGAGGAAGAGUUCUCGUAGAAGGUCAAGAUGUGGCUUUGCUUGGGUAUGGAGCCAUGGUUCAGAAUUGUCUUCAUGCUCACUCGCUUCUCUCAAAACUGGGUUUGAACGUGACUGUAGCUGAUGCAAGAUUUUGCAAACCGCUAGACAUCAAGCUUGUGCGUGAUCUUUGUCAGAACCACAAAUUCCUCAUCACGGUUGAAGAAGGCUGUGUUGGAGGGUUUGGUUCGCAUGUGGCGCAGUUCAUAGCCCUCGAUGGCCAGCUCGAUGGGAAUAUCAAGUGGAGACCGAUUGUGUUACCAGAUGGCUACAUCGAAGAAGCAUCGCCUAGGGAGCAGCUUGCUCUUGCCGGGCUAACUGGACAUCACAUAGCAGCAACCGCUCUGAGUCUUUUGGGACGAACUCGGGAAGCAUUGCUUCUCAUGAGCUAGCUUAACCUUCACAAGAAGCUAAGAGACUUAAAAGAGGCAUCACAUAUCUAUGACUUGUUAAGAGAAGUGAAUGAUCAGUGUAAUUAUUGAGUUUCAUCAACAAAAUUUGUAGAUAAUACAUUCGGAUUCAAGAACCAAUUUGAUAUCCUGAUUUUGGAAGAACAAUCAUUUAGCUAUGUAUGUUGUAAAUGUAGAGAUGGAAAUAAAUUCAAUACUUUUUA